CUAUGUGGAUCGUCUCGCUCCUUUUCAACCGUAACCCAACGUUCCCUCUUUUGUUUCCAAAUUUGGUCUGCGAGGAGAGACGGUGAUAGUUGCGGCUUGCAGCCUACACCUUCUUCCUCGACGAACCCCUCUGCUACUCAUGCUCGCGAGUGGCGACUCUCUCUCUUUCUCUCUCUCUCUCCGAGGCAUUACCUGCAGUGCAUGCUUGACUUUCUCAUCUCUUUCCCUUCCUGGCGCAACCUCCCGUCGCUGUUAAUUUGUUUCCAUUUUUGGUGCGUUCUCGUGUAAUUAUCGGUUUGCUCUGUUGGCGCAAAACCCUAAUCCUCCGCCUAGGAAGGAUACCUUUAUCUAAGAGAAUUGCAUUCCUGUCUUCGAUUAUAUCUUCUUCUUCUUCAACAACUCAGGUUCGUCGUUAUCCGCUGCAAAUCUUGAUGUUACUCGGGGACAACAUUUUUCGCUCCUCUAUAUUUAUCAUUUGGGUAGGUCUCCUUGAUCGCAUUUUUUAGGGUUUCAAAAUUUCUGUGAAUUUGUUUUGUUUCACAAUUUUCACAUUUCUUUUUCAAUUUUUAUCUGCUCCCUCCCAGACUUCCUUUGGGCCAAACUGUUCUAAGGCUAGAGUGAUUGAGUUUUGAUUCCUGUAUCUUUUUCCCCCUUUGAAUUUAGGUAAUAUUUUUCGCAUCCACAGCAUUCGAUCUUAGCAUUGUCAAUUACCGGAUCGAGUAGUUUUCAGCCGUUAGAAAUUAAAAUUUUUACAGAGUAAUUGCCGUAGUAAUGUCUGUGUAUCCUCCAAUUGAGAUGAACUUGGAUAAACAGACACCACUAGUGGCCUUUCUUGCUAAGAGUUACUCAGUUAGUGGAACGAGACGCGCUGCAGUUGCAAAGGGCAGAAAGUGAAGGAGAAACCGAAGGAAGGCCAGGAAUAUCAUCAAAGAUUGCGGGUUCACCGGGGAGAGAACUGAGAAAUUCAACUGAUUGGUGGGAGGUUUUUGGGAAUUAAUGCUUGGGAAAAAGUAGAUUCUGGUGACAUGGAUGGAAAUGCUGCAAGUGGUGACAGUGACGAAUUUUCCUGGGACAGUGACAGUGACAAUGAAAAUGGAAUUAAAAAAUCACCUUUAUCAUCUUGUUUGGACUCUUCAACUGCUGGUCGAGAAGAGGGUACCGUCCCUGGGGAGGCUAAUGCAUCAUCAGCAGCUGGACCUUCCAACUCCAAGCUGAUUUGUCAUUUUGUUGGAAUGGGAUUUUCUGAAAACAUAGUGGCUAAAGCAAUCAAGGAAAAUGGAGAAGAAAAUACGGAGGCAAUACUGGAAACUCUACUGACAUACACGGUUCUUGAGAAGUCACCGCUGGAAGGCCAAAGUAUUAAUUCUGAUAUCCUUUCUUCAGAAAGUGAUGGAGAUUCUACUAGCCAUUCCCCAGAAAGUGAUGGAGAUUUUCUUGAUGAGCUUUCAGACGUUGAUGAGCUAUCAGAUAUAAAUAGUAGCCUUGGAGAUGAGGAAAACAUGGAUCAUUUGUCUGACAAGGAGAAGAAAUUGUUGCUCUUGGUGGACAUGGGUUAUUGCAUUGAGGAGGUUUCAGCAGCUAUUGAUAGAUGUGGUCCAGACUCUUCAAUCGUUGUGCUUACUGAUUUCAUAUCUGCUGCUCAAAUGGCAAGGGUGGCUGAUGGGGAGCUGCCUCAUUUAUCUCAGGAAGAUCAGUCAGGCCCAAGUUGUAUCCAAAUUGAUCCUCAUAAAGACAAGAAGCGCCAACACUUCGAUGAUGAAAGGUGGGAAAGGAAAAGGAAAAAAGCGUACGAAAAGAAAGUCCUGGAUGAAGAUGAUGACGCAAUUCAUUUCCCAAACCCAAUGCUAGGAUUUGGGGUCCCUGGUGAACCGCCACUCAGGACUCAUAGAACGCUUCCAGAGGCAGCCAUUGGGCCACCAUACUUCUAUUAUGAAAAUGUGGCAUUUACUCCUAAAGGCGUUUGGAGUACGAUUUCACGAUUCUUGUAUGAUAUCGAGCCAGAGUUUGUUGAUUCAAAGUAUUUUUGUGCAGCUGCAAGAAAGAGAGGCUACGUUCACAAUCUCCCAAUCCACAAUAGACGCCCUCUUCUACCUCUUCAACCACGGACCAUACAUGAGGCCCUUCCUUUAACCAGGAAAUGGUGGCCCUUGUGGGAUCGGAGGUCAAAGUUAAAUUGCAUACAGACUGUUACUGCGAGUGCCAAGACAACUGAGAAGAUUCGGAGGGCCCUUGAAGGCUGUGAAGGUGUUCCACCUCUGCAGGUCCAGAAGGAUAUCCUUGAUGAAUGCCGAAAAUGGAAUCUUGUGUGGGUUGGAAGGAAUAAGGUUGCAACUCUUGAGCCUGAUGAGAUUGAAAUGUUAUUAGGGUUUCCAAAGAACCACACAAGGGGUGGUGGAAUUAGUAGAACUGAUAGACUUAAAGCAUUGGGUAAUUCGUUUCAGGUUGACACAGUGGCCUAUCAUCUUUCUGUCUUAAAGGAAAUUUUCCCUGGUGGAAUUAACCUCUUAUCGCUUUUCUCUGGAAUUGGUGGUGCUGAAGUAGCUCUACAUCGGCUUGGUAUACCUUUGAAGAAUGUUGUUGCGGUUGAAAUUUCAGAAACCAGCAGGGAUAUUCUUCGGAGCUGGUGGGAGCAAACAAACCAGACAGGUAAUCUGAUUGACUUUACGGAUAUUCGAAAAUUGAAUGCUGAUAGAUUAGAACAGCUGAUAAGCUCAUUUGGUGGCUUUGAUCUUAUUAUUGGUGGGAGUCCAUGCAACAACCUUACGGGCAGCAACCGGGUGAGCAGAGAUGGGCUUGAGGGCAAACAUUCUUCUUUAUUUUAUGAUUAUUUUCGCAUUCUAGACCUUGUCAGAUGUAUCAUGGGGAAAAAUUAGUGGUUGUAGUUUGUGAGCUUAUGUAAAAUUUUCAAAAUGAUCAGUUCUGACCUGGUUAGUUUCAAAAAGCUCAUUGUAAGUUAUCAACUUUACAGUUAUUCAAUUCGCAGCUGGAACCCUUCAGUGUCUUGAUUUUGAAUGUUGAAUAAAAAGGAUAUCCAGUAUUGAUGAGUUGCCUGAAA